UUUUUAGCACCCGUGCAGCUCGGUGGUGUUGAGUCUCCGUGGUUCCACCUCCACAUGGACACCUCUGCGCCUUCAGGGCUCUUAGACUCUGGACUUUUUAUUCUUUAGAGAACUUUUAGGUCGGAGACAGAAAUAAACUUCCCGACUGAAUGACUGAGCGCGUGUCCUAACAAGUGCUUUAUAUUUAGCUGUUGGACUUUACACAGUGAGGAGAGAAGAAGGGAAGUAAGGCACAGAGAGAGAGAGAGAGAGAGAGAGAGAGAGAGAGAGAGAGAGAGAGAGAUUUUCAUUGGAAUAUUUGCGUAAAGUUGCGUGCAACCGGUUCCAUAAAAGCAGUGCCACAGAGGCCUGGGGACCCGGAUGAGAGACACUUCAGGGGUCAGUGAUGAAGUGAUGAGAACUGAUUUGAUGACCAGGAGGUAUCUGCGCUCCGGGGACGCGAGCGCGCGCACGGCACGUCCACCGGCACACGGCGCUCAUUAGACACCCGGUACAGUGUAAAACCCUGGCGAGAUGAACGCUAACGUGCUGGAAAGAACCAGGAAAGAACCAGACAUACGUGCACCCACACACACAUACACACAUACACACGCACACACACGCACUGUGAUGGAGGUCUCCAGCCAGUCAGAGGCAGGUGGAGAUCAUGCAACCAGCGUGUCGUUGACGGCCGCAGAGAGAGUGGACGUCCCGAGUCCAAGUCUGGUGUCCAAACAGCGCAGUCUGCGUGCUGUGUACGUCCUGAACGAUGGGCUGAAGGCGGUGGCGGCGAACAGCCCUGAGUCUGGAGCGUUACAGUGUCUGCAGCGAGCGUGCGAUGCCGAGAGCGCCAUCCUCACCACCGUCACCUUCGGCAGGCUGGACUUCGGUGAGACGUCAGUGCUGGACACCUUCUACGACGCAGACAUUGCGGUGGUGGAUAUGAGUGAUGUGUUCCGCCAGCCGUCCCUCUUUUAUCAUCUGGGAGUUCGUGAGAGUUUUGACAUGGCCAACAACGUCAUCCUGUACCAUGACACUGACCCCGACACAGCACAGUCUCUGAAGGAUAUGGUGGCCCAGAAAAACACAGCCUCCAGUGGGAAUUAUUACUUCAUCCCAUACGUGAUGACGCCCAACAACGAGUACAUCUGCUGUGAGAAUGUGGCCCAGCGCCGGGCGUCCGAGUACAUGCAGCCUAGCUGGGACAACCUGCUCGGACCUCUGUGUGUGCCGCUGGUGGACCGAUUCGCCAGCCUGCUGAAGGACAUCCACGUCACAUCCUGCGCUUCUUUCAAAGACACACUGCUGAAUGACAUCCGAAAAGCUCGAGACAAGUAUCAGGGUGAGGAACUGGCCAAGGAACUGUCUCGAAUCAAACUGCGCAUCGACAACACGGAGGUUCUGACGCAGGACAUUGUCAUGAAUCUGCUCUUCUCCUACAGAGACAUACAGGAUUAUGAUGCAAUGGUGAAACUGGUGCAGACACUGGAGAUGUUGCCUACAUGUGAUCUUGCAAACCAGCCUAUGAUUCAGUUCCACUAUGCCUUCGCCCUCAACAGGAGGAAUAGUCCAGGUGACAGAGAGCAGGCUCUCCGUGUGAUGUUGCAGGUCCUUCAGUCAUGUGAUCAUCCCGCUCCGGACAUGUUCUGUCUCUGUGGUCGGAUCUAUAAGGACUUUUUUCUGGACUCAGAGUGUAAAGACACAAAAAGCCGUGAUAACGCCAUCCAGUGGUACAGGAAGGGAUUCGAGCUGCAGCCCACUCUCUACUCGGGCAUUAACCUGGCUGUGCUGCUCAUCGUCGCUGGACAGCAGUUCGAGAGCUCCAUCGAGCUCCGCAAGAUCGGAGUCAGGUUGAACAGUCUUCUCGGCAGGAAGGGGAGUUUGGAGAAGAUGAAUAAUUACUGGGACGUUGGUCAGUUCUUCACCGUUAGCAUGCUGGCUAAUGACAUCCCUAAAGCUGUUCAAGCGGCUGAGAAACUCUUCAAACUCAAACCUCCAAUCUGGUACUUGCGCUCAGUGGUGCAGAACCUGAAACUCAUCCAGCACUUUAAGAAGCAGAACAUGGAGCAUUCGGCUCAGAGAGAGAGACUCAACUUCUGGAUGGACAUCAUUGUAGAAGCCACACAGAGAACCACCAACAGCCUGCGCUUUCCGGUGUUGAUCCUGGAGCCCACUAAAGUUUAUCAGCCCUCAUACGUGUCCAUCAACAGCGAAGCAGAGGAGAAGAACGUCUCCAUAUGGCAUGUUUCUCCUGCAGAAACGAAAGGAAUCCAUGAGUGGAACUUUACAGCCUCGUCUAUUAAAGGAAUCAGCAUCUCCAAAUUUGAUGAGCGUUGCUGUUUCCUGUACGUCCACGACAACUCGGAUGAUUUUCAGAUCUACUUCUCAACUGAGGAGCAGUGUGGCAGGUUCUGCUCCAUGGUGAAGGAGUUGAUCUCAGAUGGAUCAGGAAAUGCAGUGGAGCUGGAAGGAGAAGGAGACGGAGACACGCUUGAGUAUGAGUACGACUACAACGAGAACGGGGACCGGGUGGUGCUGGGGCGGGGCACGUACGGAGUGGUGUACGCUGGGAGAGAUCUGAGCAACCAGGUGCGCAUUGCUAUUAAGGAGAUCCCCGAGAGGGACAGCAGGUACUCACAGCCGCUGCACGAGGAGAUCGCUCUGCACAAAUACCUCAAACACAGGAACAUCGUGCAGUACCUGGGCUCUGUCUCUGAGGAUGGAUACAUCAAGAUCUUUAUGGAACAGGUUCCUGGGGGUAGUUUAUCAGCGCUGCUCCGGUCAAAGUGGGGUCCUCUGAAAGAAGCCACCAUCAUCUUCUACACACGUCAGAUCCUGGAAGGUCUGCGAUACCUGCAUGAAAAUCAGAUCGUUCAUCGAGACAUUAAGGGAGAUAACGUCUUGGUGAACACCUACAGCGGUGUGUUAAAGAUCUCAGACUUUGGCACAUCAAAGCGUUUGGCCGGAGUGAACCCCUGCACUGAGACCUUCACCGGGACUCUGCAGUACAUGGCACCUGAGAUUAUUGAUAAAGGUCCUCGAGGUUACGGAGCUCCAGCUGAUAUCUGGUCUCUCGGCUGCACCAUCAUAGAGAUGGCGACUGGAAAGCCUCCGUUUCACGAGCUGGGCGAGCCGCAGGCGGCCAUGUUUAAGGUCGGAAUGUUUAAAAUCCACCCUGAGAUUCCCGAGUCUCUUUCCCCUGAGGCCAAGUCCUUCAUCCUGCGCUGCUUUGAGCCUGAUCCAAGCAAGAGAGCGAUGGCUGGAGAUCUGCUGAAGGACCAGUUCUUACGGCACAACAUCAAGGGCAAGAAGAACAAGAUCGCCUUUAAACCCUCAGAUUAUAUCCGCAGUGUGUCGCUGCCUGUGCAGUUGCAGGCUGAAGCCACCGGGAGCAGCAGCAGUGAGCCGGGCUCCGUGUCUCCGGAUUGCGACUCCAAGCACGAUGUCUUCUUUAAGAAAGACAAACGUUCAGGCUCGGAGAACCUCAUCAAACCCGUAACAUCCAGCUUCCUCAGCGUUCCUGAUGAAAGCCCGACUUCAGAGGACCGAAGCUCUCCGGCCUCGUCUGAGAACAGCGACUCAGGACUCUUCCUGCUGAAGAAAGACAGCGAGAGACGAGCGAUUCUCUACAAAGUGUUGAACGAGGACCAGGACAAGGUCACGUCCAACCUCCUGGAAAACCACAUGCAGGGCAGCACAGAGGAGCUGAAGCUGUCUGUAGAUCACAUUAAGCAGAUCAUCUGCAUCCUGCGGGACUUCAUUCGUUCUCCGGAGCGCCGCGUCAUGGCCUCCACCAUCUCCAAGCUCAAACUGGACCUGGACUUUGACAGCACCUCCAUCAACCAGAUCCAGCUGGUUCUGUUCGGCUUCCAGGACUCGGUGAAUAAAGUUCUGAGGAACCAUCACAUUAAACCUCACUGGAUGUUCGCCAUGGACAACAUCAUCAGACGAGCCGUGCAGGCUGCAGUCACGAUAUUAAUUCCAGAGCUGCAGACUCAUUUUGGUCCGGCGUCUGAGAGCGAAGGGGCCGAGAAAGACGCUGACGAAGUGGACGUGGAGGAGGACGGAGACUUCUGUGCCGUGGAGAACGUCGCUCCAGAGGACACGGGCCUCACAUCAGGGGUCAGCACUCUCAGCUCCGUCAUUUCCCAUGAAUCCCAGCGGCCUCAGCAUCCGCUCGGUGCGCAUCUCACACGCCUCAAACAGGAGACCAGCAGGCUUCUGGAGGAACUGGUGCAGAAGGAGAAGGAGUACCAGCAGGUUCUGAGGCAGAAUCUCCAGCAGAGAGCCCAAGACCUGGAGCUCUUCAGACUGAAGAACCAGCCUGCAGCUUCUCUGAAUAAUGGAAUUCUGUCCUCAGUAGAAACUCCAUCAGCCUCCAUCUUCCGCAUGGCAGAAGAACCACAUGCAGAUACGGAGAUGACGGAGUGGUUGAAGCAGCAGGGGGUCGAUUUAGAUACCAUCCACAAGUUUGUGUCAGAGGAUUACACACUAAACGACAUUCUCGACGACGUCACCAAAGACGACCUACAGCACAUGAGGCUGAGAGGAGGUGUGUUGUGCCGUAUUUGGAAAGCCAUCCAGAGACACCGAACCCGAGAGCAGAGGAAGAUACAGAGUGAUGAUGAGACGUCUGAGGGAUGAGCAGGAGUUUGGCUCUCCUUCUAAAGAACAUUAGAACUGACCUCAUGUUUUAAAACACACACAAACACGCACAUACACACAAUCUUUACACAGUCAGACAUGGAAACAUUCCGCUGCUGUGUUUAAUCAUCUCUCCACUGAUAACUUCUGUUUUCACCUCUGAUUUGCAUACAAGAUUUUUCCUUUCUGCUGCUCAGCCUGAACUUUCCCAUGACGUCCCUCUGGGGAUUAAACAGUUCCUCUGACCUAAUGGGGAAAAUCCACCACUUUCCUCUGGACGAAGUCUGUGUUUGUGUUUCAGUGUUGUUGUUAAUGUUGUUAAUGUUGUUGUUGUUGUUGUUAUCAGUAUUUUUCUGGGAUGUGAUUGGCUACCACGUUGGUGCGUUCCUCACGCUCACUCUGACACUGUUGCAUGUUCGGAGACGUCACAUUGCUCCAGUCUAAAGUCUAAACGCUGUAUUUAUUUAACAGUAACCUUGAAGAAUUUAGAAUUUUGAACACAAGUAAAUAAAUCGAGCAGAAACACGAAUA